CGCCGGUUCGCCGUCGUGACGCGCCUCUACCUCGCGGCGCUCGCGGCGCUGCUCCUCGCCCUGAUGCCUCUGGUCGUCGUCGGGUCGUACCUGCCCGCCCUGCGGUACGAGUACAACGGCGUAGUGGGCAUGCUCGUCGAGGCACACGAGGCGGGCUCGCGCGUCCGCACCUACUCGGUCUUCGAGCUCGCGCGCUUCCUCGCCGACCAGGCCAACGGGAUGUGGCAGCCCGACGCCGGCUCGGCGCUGGGCGUCUUUGGAAUGUACACGGUGGUGGCGACGCUCGUCCUUUGCACCGUGGUCGCCCCCAUCCUGCAGUGCGCCACGCUGCUCGUGCUGCACUUUGCACCCCUCACGCGCUCCGGCCAGCGGCGCGCGUACGUCGCGGCGGAGGCCAUCUCCGCGUGGUCGUACCAGGAGGUCUUUAUCAUCGCCGUGGGGCUGGGCAUCUCGCAGAUCGAGUCCAUCUCGCGCUUCCUGGUGGCGUGCUACUGCAACGACCUGAUGCCGAUGUUCGCGGCGCUUGCCGACACGGGCGCCCUCGACGAGCAGUACGCGGAGUGCUUCUACAUCUCGGCGGAUUUCGAGGUGGGCCUGGUGGUACUCUUUGGCUCGGGCGUGCUGCUCUCUCUCGCCACGCAGGUGAUGAUGCGCACUGCGCGCACCGCCUUCUCGCAGCAGCAGCAGCGCGAGGAGUCGGCACGGCCGCCCCGGCCGUGCCUGCGCUACUGGAUGCUCCCUGGCUACACCGCGCUGCGCUGGCUGUGCACACGCCGCCUCGAUCUCGUCGACCAGGACUCGGACAAGAGCCUGCAGGUGGCUGCGGCGCGGGCGGCGGGGAGCCCGCCGCCCUGCGCGCCGCCCGCCUUGCAGCUCGGCCCGUGGCGGCUCCUCCACGAGCGGCGGCGGGGGGUCGCGGUGUACCUGCACGUCGUGAGCGGGGAGCUGCGCAGCGCCGCCGAUAUGACGAGGCAGUUGUCGGUCGAGCUGCGCCAGACGCUGACCGUCGACGAGCUGCGCGACGCGUCCGGGGGGGAGUGACGCGCCAGCCUGCUUCAUUAUUCGCCUUUCCGGGGCCGAUCCGCGACCUGGUGCCGGCUGUAGAGCCAGCGGUCGGGCGGGGAUGCAUGUUUUAGGUCGCGUUCAUCGCAUGUUGUACACAGAGUAGUGCCGCCAUCGUAGCUCUCAGGGGUGCACAGGAUGGGUGGGGGAACGUUCUGUGCAUGUGUCAGGGCGCGGGGCCAGGUGGUAAUAUUAGGCCCCGCGCGUACGUGCACACGAAAAAUCGCGGACGCGUCGCCACAAUGGCAACGCAUGUGAUACCUGCG